AGUUUUUGACGCUGUGUUUAACAUGAUCAGGUUAUCCCGAUUAGCGCAAACCUUCUCUCGUUUAUCACACAUGCGAUUAAAUUCGUUGAAUAGCUUAGAGAAGAAAACGGAUCUGUAUCGUCAGUUAUACGCAAAAAUAUUGGCAUGCGGUCCCAUUACGCUCGCAGAGUAUAUGAAGGAGAUCUUGAUCCACCCUACUGCAGGUUAUUAUACAACUAGAGACGUUUUCGGACAAAGAGGCGAUUUCACAACUUCUCCAGAAAUCAGUCAACUUUUUGGAGAAAUUGUAGCAAUUUGGAUAAUUAAUGAGUGGCGAAAGAUUAGCGGAGAGUCUAUACAACUUGUAGAAUUGGGCCCAGGAAGAGGUACCUUGAUCAGCGAUAUCCUACGGGUGUGCAAGAAACUGAAUCUUUCAAAUAAGGUAUCAAUUCAUCUGAUAGAGAUUAGUCCAGUUUUGUCUGUAAUUCAAGCAGAGAAAUUGUGCAUAGAGAGCAGAAACAUUGAGCCAAGGGUUAAUGAAGACCAAAAAAAUUCUGUUACGCAUUAUAGAGAGGGUGUUACAAAAGACGGAGUAAAGAUAUAUUGGUAUUAUUCUAUCAAUGAUGUUCCUAGAAAGUUCAGCGUAUUCAUUGCGCAAGAGUUCUUUGAUGCUCUGCCAAUACACAAGUUCCAGAGAACUGACAAAGGUUGGAGGGAAAUCUUAAUAGACAUAGUGCAAGAGUCAAAGGAAGAAAGGUUUCGAUAUGUACUUUCGCAAAUGCCAACGGCUGCUUGUAAAGUGUACCUAUCUCCGCACGAGAAAAGAGAUCAUGUGGAAGUGAGUCCACAGUGUUCUGUGAUAAUAGACUACAUGUCCCAGUCUUUGUGGGAAUGCGGAGGAUUUGCACUAGUGAUCGACUAUGGCCACGAGAGAGAGAAGACUGACACAUUUCGCGCAUUCUGCCAACAUAAAUUGCACGAUCCCUUGUUGAAUCCCGGAACCGCGGAUCUAACUGCGGACGUUGACUUUUUAUUAAUAAGAGAGAUUGCGCAGAAAGACGAUAGAUUAAUCACAUUCGGUCCGGUGACGCAGAGGAAAUUCCUGAAAAGCCUUGGCAUCGAUUUGCGAUUAAAAAUGAUUUUACAGAACGCUACUAGUACUCAAAAGCAACAAAUUGAAUCGGGAUAUCGUAUGAUAACCGAUGAAGAUAAAAUGGGAAAUUGUUUCAAAGUACUAUCGCUCUUUCCUUCUGUCUUGAAAGACCACUUAAAAAAAUGGCCUGUAGCAGGAUUCGAAGAUGAAAAAAUCAAAUCUUGAACUUUUAUUUUCAAAUACAAAGGAAAUAAAGAGAAUUGUAUGUAUAUUUUUUAUUAACUAAUAUAAUGACGUAUUCACAGUAAUCAUAUAAUUGAUUUAAUCGAUUACUAUUGUACAGAAAAUUAAAAUAAAAAUCAUUUAAAUUUA